AUGGUUCUACUGUUAUGCCGUAAACAGUGUCAGCAACUACGUAAACAGAAGGAUUUCAUGACAUUUCUCGAGCAAUAUGAAACAAUUAUAAUGAAUCAGAUAACCACUUUACGACAAUUCGAGAAUUUGAUUGAUAACGCUCGAAAAUGCGAUGAUCGAAAGCGAAUUUUGAUAAUUUAUGAUUCGAAACGAUGCUCUCCAAUAGGAAGAAAUUCGACCAAUGAUAACGGGGUUGGAAAUGAUGAUUUAUUGACGUUUUUGAGUCGCGCUAAACUCGCAACAUCAUACAGCCAGUUGCAUGUGCCAUCGAAUGAUACCGAGUUGAACUUUGAGCUAUUUCAACGAUUGCAACACUUACCAAGUAUGGUUUUUUGUCAGUUAGUGGUGAUUCUUCAGAAUGCCGCAUAUACAUCGUUGGUGAUCGAUGGCAAGGACGCUGACGAGAUACGCACAAAAAUAGAAAUGAUGAAAAAUGAAGACUGCUUAAUGGUCCGAGCACCGGAUGGCAAUGAUGGAUGGCGGGUUAUUCGUGAAGCGUUGAAUGAUAUCGAGAAAAUAUUUUUGAAAGAAGAGAAUUUAUCGAAGGAAUUAGAAUGGAAAUUUGGGUGUAUUAUGGUGGGUACAACCGGUGGUAUCGCCGUUGUUGCGCUUGCAAUUAGCAUAUUCUGGGGCUUAAAUGGCAGCUCGUUUGUUACCAAAUAA